UAGUUUUUUCACCCCGCACGUCACAUGUUGUGUAAAGAUGGCUGCCACUGUCAUCAAGUCAGAUCCGCUGGGAAGUUUCUGGCUUUUAUGUCCCAUGUUUCAUUUUGAAAACCUCCGGAAAUUAACCUGUUUGUUUGUUAGCGUUUGUAUUUUAAUAAGUCCGUCGCUGGCAGACGAACAGGACUUUAUGGAGGACUUUCUGAAGCGGGAAUAUUCUCUGGCAAAGCCGUACCAUGGCUUGGGGUUCUCCAGCUCCUCCCAGUGGGAUCUGAUGGGCACUGCCAUGGUUACCCCGGAGCACGUGAGGCUGACCCCUGACAUGCAGAGCAGACAGGGAGCUGUUUGGAGUCGAGUUCCUUUGUUGGUGCGGGAUUGGGAGCUUAGGGUGCACUUUAAAAUCCAUGGCGUGGGAAAGAAGAACUUCAAUGGAGAUGGCAUGGCUAUCUGGCUAACCAAAGACCGCAUGCAGAAUGGUCCUGUGUUCGGCAACAUGAACAACUUCAUUGGACUGGGGAUAUUUGUGGACACCUACCCCAAUGCUGACAAGAGCCAUGAUAGGGCUUUCCCGUAUGUCUCAGUGAUGCUGGGGAACGGGACUCUGUCAUAUGACCACGAUUCUGAUGGACGGCCCACUGAGCUCGGAGGAUGUACGGCUAUGGCGCGCAACGCAGUCCACGACACCUUUCUCCUCGUCAGAUACUCCAAACAGCGCCUGACGCUGCUGGUGGACGUUGAUGGUAAGCAAGAAUGGAAAGACUGUGCUGACAUCACAGGCCUGUGGCUGCCUGCCGGCUACUUCCUGGGUGCGUCCUCGGCCACCGGAGACCUGUCAGAUAACCAUGACAUCAUCUCCAUCAAGCUGUACCAGCUGACAGUAGAGAGGACGCCUGAGGACGGGGACCAGGACCAGGACGAGGUCACUGUCCCCAGAGUGGACAACAUGGAGCAGUUCCAUGUGGAGGUCCAGGAGGAAGGGAUGAGCGGAGUGCAGUUCUUCUUCACCCUGGUCUUCUCCAUCCUGGGCCUGGCUGUGCUGGCCGUGGUAGGCCUGGUCCUUUACGGCCGCUGGAAGGAAAACAGACGCAAACGCUUCUAUUGAUCAGAAAAACCUUCAGAAUGUAUGUUUCCUAAUCAACAUAUACCACUCAGUGCAAAGACUGCCAUAGCUUACUGAUGCAUACAGAGGAGUGACCAACCUAAUGGGUCUGAAGCCCAGAGCCAAGAGAACACAAAGAGCCAGCGGCCACAUAUUCUUUUUUUGUCUGAGUUAUGGAAGAUUAAUGAGAUAAAGCUGCUUUAGUGGAAAGUCUUCUGUUGAAACUGGAUCAUGUCAAUGGCACUGCAACACGUGCACUAACUGAGACACUGUAGAUUUAACAUAUGAGUUUCACCAGCAGGAAGACAAACCUCAAAAUCCCAGAUGCUGUGUGUAGUUUACUGACAUCAUGUUUAAAGUGUAAUUACCUCUGACUGCCACUUGGUGCUGCCAAAGUGCAGCCUUAAUUUGCUGUGGAGACCGAUCAAGCUGUGGAUCAUCAGAGACUUGUUCUUGCUGCACUGAAAAGUCCAAAUGUUUGAGCUGCCAUGUAUUUGAGAUAAAAUAAGACAGAAAAAAGAUGUAAAUGUAUGAUUAAUGAAACAUCACGCUCUAUGCUGUACGUCAAAGAAAGAAUGGGUGUUGAGCUAGGACCAAUAAAGACGAGCCCUAACUCCGUGUUCCA